CGUGGGGAAGAGAAGAAGAAAAAGCCAAGAAAGCUCCGUUUAGCUUUGCCCCUUGGGCUGACAUGUGCAAAUACGAAGGGGAGUAAGGAAAGAGGGAAAUCCUGCCCUUCAGAGACGUUCCCCCAACGCAUCAGCUGGGGAAAGGAAUUUUGUCUGUUUUUGUUUUCUGCAGGGACUAACUUUUACGAAAAUCCAUCAAUCUGGAGAGCAAAGCGCCAGACCACGGAAAGCACCUUUGCUUUCUAGCCCUGGAGGUGUCAGCCGGAGAGGCGGAGAGGGCGCUGCCGCGCGUCAGGAACGACCCGCCCGCAGCCAUGGAGACCGGCAUGCAGCUCCUGAGCCGGGACGGCCACAGCGUGUCGCACAACUCCAAGCGCCACUACCACGACGCCUUCGUCUGCAUGAACCGCAUGCGGCAGCGGGGCCUGCUGUGCGACAUCGUGCUGCACGUGGCCGCCAAGGAGAUCCGGGCCCACAAAGUGGUGCUCGCCUCGUGCAGCCCCUACUUCCACGCCAUGUUCACCAACGAGAUGAGUGAAAGCCGGCAGACUCACGUGACGCUGCACGAUAUUGACCCGCAAGCGCUGGAGCAGCUGGUCCAGUACGCCUACACCGCCGAGAUCGUGGUGGGAGAAGGGAACGUGCAGACACUGCUUCCGGCCGCCAGCCUCCUGCAGCUGAACGGGGUGCGAGACGCCUGUUGCAAGUUCCUGCUGAGCCAGCUGGACCCCUCCAACUGCCUGGGCAUCCGGGGUUUUGCAGACACGCAUUCCUGCAGCGACCUGCUGAAGUCGGCCCACAAGUAUGUCCUGCAGCACUUUGUGGACGUCUCCAAGACCGAAGAGUUCAUGCUUCUGCCGCUCAAGCAGGUUCUGGAUCUGAUCUCCAGCGACAGCCUUAACGUGCCCUCGGAAGAGGAGGUCUACCGAGCUGUCCUGAGCUGGGUGAAGCAUGACGUGGACGGCAGAAGGCAGCAUAUCCCCCGACUCAUGAAGUGCGUCCGGCUUCCCCUCCUGAGCCGCGACUUCUUGAUGAGCAACGUGGACACGGAGCUGCUCGUGAGGCACCACUCGGACUGCAAGGACCUCCUCAUCGAAGCCCUCAAGUACCACCUGAUGCCCGAGCAGCGGGGCGUGCUCAGCAACAGCCGGACCCGUCCCCGGCGCUGCGAGGGGGCCAGCACGGUGCUGUUCGCCGUGGGUGGGGGCAGUCUGUUUGCCAUCCAUGGAGACUGCGAGGCCUACGACACGCGGACGGACCGGUGGCACAUGGUCGCUUCCAUGUCCACCCGCCGGGCCAGGGUGGGCGUUGCCGCCAUCGGGAACAAGCUGUAUGCUGUGGGCGGCUAUGAUGGAACGUCCGACAUGGCCACGGUUGAAUCGUACGACCCCGUCACCAAUUCCUGGCAGACGGAGGUGUCCAUGGGGACCAGACGCAGCUGCUUAGGAGUGGCCGCCCUGCACGGCCUCCUGUAUGCUGCCGGAGGAUAUGACGGGGCCUCGUGUCUCAACAGCGCCGAGAGGUACGAUCCCCUGACAGGCACCUGGACCUCUAUUGCUGCAAUGAGCACCAGGAGGAGAUAUGUGCGCGUGGCAACGCUGGAAGGCAACCUGUAUGCCGUUGGAGGGUAUGACAGUUCGUCGCACUUGGCAACAGUGGAGAAGUACGAGCCACAGAUCAAUACGUGGACGCCAAUUGCCAACAUGCUAAGUCGCCGCAGCAGCGCUGGUGUAGCUGUUUUGGAAGGGAUGCUCUAUGUGGCAGGGGGCAAUGACGGGACCAGCUGCCUUAACUCAGUGGAGCGCUACAGUCCAAAAACCAACACAUGGGAAAGUGUGGCACCCAUGAACAUCCGGAGGAGCACCCACGACUUGGUGGCCAUGGACGGCUGGCUGUACGCGGUCGGCGGCAACGACGGCAGCUCCAGCCUCAACUCCAUCGAGAAGUACAACCCGCGCACGAACAAGUGGGUCGCGGCCUCGUGCAUGUUCACCCGUCGCAGCAGCGUGGGCGUCGCUGUGCUGGAACUGCUCAACUUCCCGCCCCCUUCCUCGCCCACCCUGUCGGUGUCCUCGACGAGUCUUUGACAAAGAGUCCGGGCACACCUCGGCUCGCGGGGACUGCAGCAUCUGCUGGAGCGCCAAGCCGGCCUGGCCUGACCCCUGUGGCAGCCACUCUCUGUGAAGAGAGAGAGAGAGAGAGGGCACACCAUGAAGGCCCAGAGAUGCUGCACUGAGACCCUUUUAGAAGUAACCUUCCCCCCCCCCCCCCCGGGGGCCCGCUCCCGGCUCUUGUGGUGCAGCUCCGAGGCUGGAUCCAGUCCACAAGUCCUUGCAAGCAAGCAAGCAAGCAAGCAAGAGCCCGCUUGGUUUUCGCCAUCCGUUCCAUCGUGACUCCACUGAUCCGCUCUGCUCCUUGCGGCGCGGACUCAGCAACCUCCCGUCUCCCCACAACCCUGUAUGACCUUCUGGCUCCGGCCCUCGGGCAGCCGAGCUGCAAAGAAGCGACAGCAAAACGCAGGAACAAACCGAACCUGCCUCGGUGGGCAGGGGGGCCACUCUUGCAGGCUGUGCCAACAGCUGGAAUGUAAGCUGUGAAUGUCACACUUAAGCCAAAACUCCUUACCGAGCCUAUAGCGCACUGUUAAAAGACUACGAGGCCCAUGCCUCUCUCGCUGGUGUUUAUUGGAAGGGAUGCCUUAAAACACAAACCAAACAGGGCUGGGCGAGGACUGCCAUGCGGCGGGUCCUCCAAAAUUCUCUGUGCUCCCUCGUUCUAGAAACCUGGUUAUGUGUCCCCACGCCUGACAUUCUCUUGCCCCCUUGGACGGCACAGGUUCGGGAGCACCCACCGACCUUUGCUUUAUUCCUCGUUUUUCUCUUCCACGCCCCCCCCCCGCCAACCUCCCUGCCUGUGGGAAGAUCCUCAUCAUUCCCAAGUCUUCUCUAGGAUCGUACUCUGAUGCGGGUUAGCAGGGUGAAGCCAGGGUCACAAACCGCAUGUCUGUUCGUGCUGUUCUGUAUGCGUUCCCUUUUAUUUCCAUGCCUGUAUAUUAACAUUCUUUUUAACUUUUUAAUUUUCCAGCAAAUUUGGUAUUCUGCUACCUCCAUCCUCCCUCCCUCCGUUUAGUUAUUUAUUUACUUAUUUAUUUACUUACUUAUUUAUUUAUUUUUACGGGGGAGGAUGGCAGAAAGGCAGAGAAAGUAGCACUUCUUUAAAAUGAAAAGUGGCAUUUCUUUAAAAAAAGCAAAACAAACGCGAAGAGAGAGAGCAACGGCCGCCAGUCAGUGAGGUGCCAUUGAUGUGACGGAGAAGCAUAAAAGCUUCGUUGAACUCGUAGGGGGAAUACGCAGCAAUACGGGGCCUUUCGUUGGAGACGACGGAGAUCUGCAAUAACCUAUUUGGACGAGCCCCAUGCGUCCCGAAUGCUCAUGUACGCAGCCCAUGCCUCGCAGGACGCGACAGAACGGCCCCCAUUCGUUUUGGGGGGGCUCUGUACCAGCCCCCAUCCAGUCCGUGUUCUUUUCGCUGCACGGUUGUGCCAGCCCCAUUCGUGUGAGGCUCGUGUGCCGUUCCCAGUCACUUUAGUGUAGCAUCGCACAAGUUCUGUUCAUUUUAGUGGGGAUUCUGUGCUCGUUGAGUUUGCUUCAGUGGUGCUAGCGGCGGGAAAUGCUGCUUGUGGCUCGCGACAGGUGCAACUGGACUUGGAAAGAUUUUUGUUGCAAAAGCUGGCAUCUAUCCUAUGUGAAAGAAUGGGCAACGAAGCAAAAAAAAAAUGCCAUAUAUGUUAACAAUCUGCACUGAAACAGCCGAAGUUGCCACGUGGACCUCCUAUGGGGAACACAAGGAACGCCCCGAGUCAAGUUUGUACUGUAAACCCCGACCGUUUCUUUGAGAAAGACCCACCGGUACCAUGAAAACCUCUCUUUGUGGGAAGGAGCAGGUUGCUUAAAGACUCGUUUAAAUGCAUGAUGCACUCUCCCUUCUGUGAUCUGUGCACAGCUCAGAACUUGGGGGCAGGUGAGUGGGCUGGAGCUUCAGAGCCAGGCUCUGCCUUCAGCCACAGUCCGUUACAACCAAGCUCAUGUACCUCAGUGGCCUCGGGGACGUCGUUCUGAAAUCAUGGCCUAGCAAAAGAUACUUUUCUUUUUAGAUAUAAUUUAGUCACCUUGUUAUCUGAUCUUUUUUUUGGUUCCUCUCCCCCCGUUCUUUCUUUCUGGACUUCCUCCCUCUCUUUCAUCAGUUUGGUUCUGCCACAAAUAUGACAGCUAUGCUAACUUGGGUUUUGUUGGGAAAAGGCAACCGGUAGGGCUCUUGGCAUGCUCAGACAAGGCAGAAUUGGUGCUUCUCUUGCCCUGGUGAUGGAAGAUGGGACACGGGGCUUAAAUAACACCGGAGAUCAGCCAGGUUGGACGGAUGGUUUGUGCUAGUUCUUUAACUCAAGGGUUGUAACAGAAAGGAGUCCCAGAGCUUCCUGGCCACAUGGUAUGGUGCCUGAAAGGUAUUUUAAUUCUGAAGCCCUUUGACCCGCCUAGCCCAUCAUGCAGACCAAGUUGUUCAAAGAGCACAUUUUGGGAAAAGAGUGCUUAUAGAAGUCCCCCGAAAACCCCUGAGCGCUCAGAAUUGCAGCCCUUCCCCCUGCAAACUUCAUCAGGGCCUUGCUAGCUGCAGGACGGUUUUGGAGCCGAGCCAGUAGAUUCUUCUUCUUUUAACAGUGUCUUCAGUUCCCCUUGGUUGCUUGGUGGCUGUGGCAGGUUCUCUGCCACACCCACCGUGGCCUGUUUGGCACUUCUUUUGUCGCCGUCUGCUUGUUCCCCGUGUACAUACUUCAUUUGCCUGUGAUGGUGCAGGAGAGAAAAUUCUCGUGCUGGCAGAGGGAGGAGAAGUUCCACAUUGUGCCUCUGGUUGUUCCUAGUGGAGGAGCAGAUCCGCCGUAAUGCUCCUUGCGGUGCCAAUUUCAGGACUUCGUCCACCGGUCUGCACCAGUGAUGGUGACCAGCGUGUGCGCAGAAGUCCACCGCUGUUCUGUACUGUUGGGCCGUUCUUGGGGUUUCUCUUUACUGGGACCAUUCCUUGUAUUUCUGAUUACGGGCAAAACAGAAACCUAGAGGAAUGGGAAGCCAGCAUUUGGAUCGGGGCAGGGGAGAAAACAGAUCUCCAGAAGUUCUGGACUCCAGCUCUCAGGUCCCGUGGCCACCAGCAUGGGCAGUGGCCAGGAUCUGAGGUCCAAAAUAUCAGGAAAUUUGCUUUCUGCCCACUCCUCACCCAGACGAACUCUUGGCCUCCACAGAGUGACUGCUGCUUCAGCCCCUCAUAUGCGCUGGGCUCCCUCCCAAAGUUCUGGACUGCAGUUGGCACUGUCUCCAGCCAGCCUGGCCAUGGAAACCAGUCCCAACGCAUUUGGAAGGCGGGAGGCUGGUGGAUACCUGUGGAAAAAUGCCUGGACUCGUGUGCAGCUUGCUCUCUGGGGAGGAGGGCUGCGCCAGUGCCCAGUCCCCUGUGAGCAGACAGUCCUUGGAAGCGGAACGAUACAGAGAAAUGGCCCGUGAGUUCUGUGCCCGGUUCUGUCCAAACGGGGCUAGGUGUCUUGAUGAGGUGUGGAGGCAGAUAGCCAGCUCUUCCGUCCUCGAAUGGAAGGGGAGGCCCUCUCCGAGCCUGGUAGGGAGGAAGCUUUGCGAGUUGGGAUCACAACCAUGGGGGACAGAGACAAUGGGUUCGAUUAGCAAAACGGUGAAGCUGAAGUACCCGAUAGGCCAUCCAGGAAGAGAAAAUGCCAUCCAGGGCCUCUGUUGUGUAUGUGUGCAUUCGUUUUUUUCCUUUUCUCUAUUCAACUGCCAGUUGACUAACCCAAAUGACUAAUCCUAUGUGACUUUUGCAGUGUUUUCCGUUUGACUGGGGUAGGCCUGAUGCCUUUUAGGGAUGUUCCGUUAUCCAGAGUUGAACAUGUAUUGUCCAAAGACCGUAGCAGAUGAGGGUUUUUUGGGGGGGCGGGGAGGGACUGGCACUCUCUCCCUGUCCCCUUCCCAGGAUCCUUCUGGAAAUACAAGCUCUGGGCCAGGCAUGGUGCAGACUCCCAGCUCAGUCAACCCAGUACUGAAGGAGCCUUUUCGUUGUUGAAAAUUUAUAUGUAAACAUGUGUCAACUUAGGUGCAUUUCAACGUUACUUUUAUUUUGUGUUUCUGAAUUUUUGCACUAUAAUGGGGUGGGGAUAUGAGCAAUACAAGCCAGUGUAUAAAAUUAAAAACAUGUUUUUCUGGAA